GUCUGCAGCUGCCCGCCAUUGAGUGAGUGUGUGCACAUGGUACGUCUGGUAAAAUGGUAUUCGAUGCUUGCUCUCAUCUCGUGUUUGGAAAUAAGGAUGCACCCAGUUGUCUGCGUUGGCCUGAUCGUAGCGGUCUCAGCCAGCGGCCAGCAAGACAAGAGGAGUGUUAUCAGCAUAGAGCCAGCUUCCUGGCCCGGAGUGGCAACAUGGGUGCAAGGAGGACAUGGUGGUUGGUCUUCAGACACUAGUUCAGACGUGGCUGGUGCAGUCGCUGCUGCCAAAGCAGCUGCGACUGCAGUGAUGGCCGCUCAACAUGAGGUCGCCGCAGCUAAGCAUGCUGCUCUCGAACAACAAAGUGUAGCCAGUGCAAAGGAAGCUGCUGCUGCUCGUGCUGCUCAUAAAAGUGAAGAGGCAGCAAGAAUCGCGCGCGCGCACGCGCUGGAGGCUGCGCAGGCAGCAGUGCAGGCGCAGGCACAGCUGGCUGGAGCCAAGGCCCGUGCUGCCGCUGCUCAGAAAAUCGCUGCCGCCCGCGAGGCUGCAGCAGCUAAGGCCAUACAGCGUGCUGCUCACAAUCAGGCCGCCAGACUGCAGAACGCCGACCUAGAGGCGUUGAAGUUAUCCGUAAUACAAAGUUCAGGCGCAGCUGGAGCGGCAGGGGCUGCACAGCACGCUGCUACAGCUGCUGCAGCUGCACUCCGACCACAGACACCGGAGUGGCCAGCCAAACCCUGGACUGCAGCCGCGUGGGUACCUGCCACCUGGGGCUGGGCUUAAUUCACCACCAUAUUAAUGAAAACUGCGACAGACGAUUUAUGGGACCUACGAAAAUUAACUCUAGAUUGUUUUUGCUUCCAUAAGACUACUUAUAAUAAGUUUUAAUGUUUUAGU